GUCGUAAUCGACAACUUGUGGGCCAGAUAGCGGUUCGCGAUAUUGGCGCGAAAUCAUCUGACUUGGACAGGCUUGGACAUGGGUGGCAAAGUCUCAAAUAUUAUGGGUCCCACCAGAGCAGUGUUCCGAGCAGUCUCAUUGGAUUCCGGCUCGUCACAUUCUCGGCGUCCGACUGAAAGAUUCGUGCCGUGGUUCUGCUGUUUGAGCGGCUCGACUCCGCCCACUACACUUCCAUCUCCCCUUAGCAGAUCUUAGCAAUUUUCCCCAGCUGUCGGUCGCGCUUCUUAUCCACUCUUGCGGCCGCGCUCUUAGUCACAUCGGCUUUGCUCACGAUGAAUAAGAACUGGAAUGACCGGGCCGACAAGGACCUGUUCUUCACCAUCCUGUCGGUCAAGAACAUCGGCGUCAUUAGCGGGUCGGAAUGGACUACAAUUGGCAAUCACAUGCGGUCGCUGGGCUACGGCUUCACCAAUGAAGGAUGCCGCCAACACUUCCAAGGCCUGCGGAGAGCGCAAGCCAAGGCAGAGAAUGGCGCAGCCACGGACUCUCCUAGGAGGAUUGAUCCCACGCUGAAUCCCAUCACCCGUAGACCAGGCCCGGGUAGGGGACGUCCGAGGAAAAAGAGUGCUGCCGGUGCUGCCGCUGGUGCCGGAGGGUCUGUCGGGUCUGAGUCUCAGUCUCCCGGAGCUCAGCAGGUUGGAGCAUCACCUGCCGGCACCGUGCCCGGCGGACCCCCGAUGGUUCAAGGAACGCCUGCUGGUGGCAUGCCCCACGGAGUUCCCAUGCACCCGCAAUACCCCGGCGUUCCUGGUGUCUCUGGCGCGCCACCCACUCCUGUUUCUACGGCUUCUGGUGCGCCUGGCACCCCUGGUAUGCCGACGAUGCCAGCCACGCAGGGAGUUCCGAUGGGCCAGGGCCCACCGAUGGCCCAGGGUCAGCCUAUGGUCCAGGGUCAGCCUAUGCUCGCAGGUCAACCUCAGCCAACCGCUACGAUGCCUGGCCCAGGUGUCGCGCCGCAGGCACCGAUGACGGCUCCCGAGCAGCUGGCCGUAGACCCAAGCUUGGAUGACGGGCCCGAGGAGGAGCAUGCGGCGAAGCGACAGAGACUGGCUGAUAGCCAAGACCCUUCACUCGACGACGAGGCAGUCUUAAAUGCCCUGGCCGGCCACAACAACCCGACCACUCCAGGCGAAUAUACAACCGAAUAUACAUACGGAGAUGCCUAGUAUUCAACCCCGUACCACUUCAACCCCAACCUCGAUGGGCAUCAUUAAGGGGUUCUUCGGUGUGCCCGGAUGGCAAGUGGCUCGGCGGGUCGGUAGCUCGACGAUAUAAUGGUAACUCGAUUCGGUUCGGUCUUGCUCGACGCGGGUAUUGGAUCCGCAAGUUCUCUCUUUCUUUCUAUGUAUGUGUCGCUGUUUUUGCUUAACCUAGGUCAGGUCAGAGGGGGAGUUAGGGUCUCUGCUAUUACUGUACUGUUUGUUUCCCGUUUUCUACCAGUUCUGGUAUCUUCUUGGCUCCCGCCACUCUAAGUGUAUGUAAUUUCGCUGGUACCUCAAGUCUG